GCAAUAUCAUACGUAACUCUGACGAAGGUUGUGUUGUAGAUCGCAAACCUCCUUUAACAGCGCAACGUGAAACACACGUUGCUUUAUAAUUUAAUAAUAAAACAAAUUGAAAAUGGUUUUGCGUUCGGUCAGUUUUUUAUUUAGUAUAGUCGUCGCUUGUUCUGGAUCAGUUGACAUAGAAAAAUACUUGAAAACAUGUAACAGAAACUCUCCGGAUGUGAACGAUUGCCUCGUAGACGCUAUUCAGAAUGGUAUCACUGCAAUGGCUGGAGGUAUUAAGGAUAUAGGAGUGCCGCCUGUCGACCCCUAUCACCAGAAAGAACAAAAAAUAGAAUACAAAAAUAAUCAAAUUCAAGCCAAGAUGGUUACCAAAGACAUACUAGUAAUCGGCUUAAAAGAGUCCACCGUUCGAGAUGCAAGAUUACGAGUAGAUGAUGACAGUUUUCAUCUAGAAGUUGACAUGUUCAGCCCUGCGGUGUCAGUGAGCGGGCGAUACGAAGGCAGCGGCAGUUACAAUGCUUUAAAUGUAAUCGCUCACGGAACCUUUGUUACAAAUAUGACUGACCUUGUAUACACGUGGAAGCUAGAUGGAAAACCUGAGACAAUUAAUAAUGAAGUAUAUAUGAAGAUCAAAUCAUUCUACAUGAGACCAGAUGUUAGUAACAUGCAGAUUUAUCUUACUAAUGAAUCGCCGGAAACCAAAGAAUUGACCGCCCUUGGAGUGAAAAUAGUCAAUGAAAACUGGAGACUGUUGUAUAAGGAACUGUUGCCAAUAGUACAAGCUAACUGGGAUAAAAUUGGCGUUAGAGUAGCUAACAAGAUCUUCCUGAAAACUCCAUUUAAUCGUUUGUUCCCUAACACGUCGUAAAUAUCCGAAUAAUACAUUCAAGGAAAAGAGUAUGUAGUAAUACUAUUGUUUUUGCAUAGAUUAUAUAAAUAGUAUUACAGUAAGCAUAUGAACAUUGGUUCAAUCUUGCAAUAUAAAAUAAAAUGGUGACAUCGGGAAUACAUAUUAUUGUAUGCACACAUGUGAUAAGAUUAU